UCACAGACCACUCCUGCCUGAAGGUCUACCACAAAGACCCAGCCCAGGCCUUCAACCAUGGGCCCCGACCAGCCAACGGUGAUGCCAGGAUGCACCGAGAGAUGAUGUACGCCACCCGAGAUGGCCAGCACCCUCUCAGACAGCCCCCCAUGGGCCCCCCGCCGCAUCAUCCCAUGCAGGGCUCCCUGUCCCCUCCCACUCCUCAUUCCAUGCCACCAUCCCCUUCCAGGAUUCCCUUUGGCCCACGGCAGGGGUCCAUACCAGGCAGUGCAACCAUCCCGCGGGACCGGAUUUCCAACGCCACAGCUACAGCCCGCUCUGCCUCCCCUUGCCCCAGCGCCAUCCUGGAGAGGCGGGAUGUCAAGCCCGACGAAGACGUGGGCAGCAAGAGCCACAGUCUACCCAGGGGAAAUGAAGGCUUGUAUGCGGACCCGUACCUGCUCCAGGAGGGUAGGAUGAGCCUUACCUCUGCCCACGGAGGACACCCUGGCCCUGGGCUUGAUGGGCCAGAUCACGGCCUUGCAGGGUAUCACCGUGCCUCCAUCCGCUCCACAGGUUCCUACAGUGGGCCCAGCCCAACAGACACCAUGGAUCAUCCCUCUCUGUACAGGCAGAAAUCUAGGAACAGCCAGCUGCCGACGCUAGGCUCCAAGACCCCACCACCAUCGCCUCACAGGAUGGCUGAGGUUCGGAUGAUUGACAUCCAUGGCGGACCCCCUGUUGCCGUGCCGCCCCAUGGUGUGCCCUUGGAGCGCUGUUCACCUGUGCGCCAGUCCUUCAGGAAGGAGGAGGUUGCGGGCGCCAAGCCUCGAAACAACAUGGUGGCACCGGUGAUUUCAGACCCCCAAGUUCACUUCCAGGGGCCCAUCCCAAGUGACCCUCAGACACGAGAGCGAAUGAAGGCAAUGGAGCAACAGAUUGCCAGCUUGACUGGCCUUGUUCAGCAUGCACUUUUAAAGGGGCCAAACACUAGUGGCACCAAGGAACCCAUAAGUGAGAGACCACCGAAGACGGCGUCUCCGGCACACAGCACACACAGCGCAGGUGGUUCUCCGGUCUUGGCUCCCAAGAGCAGUGCAGCGCCGCCAGAGAAGGGCUCCGUGUCUCUGCAUGCAAAUCUGCUGCAGUUCCGAAAGAACGUGUCUGACCUGCGACUCCAGCUCCAGCAGAUGAGACAGCUGCAGCUCCAGAACCAGGAAGCUCUCCGUGUGCAGCUGAAGCGGGCGGAGCAGGAGAUCAGCGUGAAGCUGGCAGAGGCGAUGCGGCGUCUGGAGGACCCUGUCCAAAGACAGAGGGCCCUGGUGGAGGAGGAUAGACACAAGUACUUGGGUCUGGAGGAGCGGGUUCUCAACCAGCUAAGUGAGCUGGAGCAGUAUGUGGACUCGCUGAAGAGGGACACGGUGGGCAGCCACAGAGUGGUGACCCUGAAGGACGUGGAAGAGGGAGCUGUCACCCUGAGGAAGGUGGGAGAGUCUCUGGCGGGACUCAAAGGAGAGUUCCCAGCUCUACAGACCAGGAUGCGGGCGGUGCUCCGAGUGGAGGUGGAGGCUGUCAAGUUUCUCAAGGAGGAGCCUCACAAACUGGACAGCAUGCUGAAGAGGGUCAAGAGCCUGACCGAGACACUGAGCAGCCUGAGGAGAUGCGUCACCGAUGGCUUUCAGAAGGGGUCUGAAACUUCUGCCAAUGGCUCAUUAAAACUAGACUCAGUGGACAACAGCCCUACCGCUUCAGCAGCAGAGACCACAGUUGAAGCACCUCCAGCAUCUGGCCAGCCUGGCUCCGCCACGGCCCUGCCUGAGCCCCAGAGCUCCACCAUCAGAUCAGAGGUGAUGCCUUCCUCCCCGGUGGCCAUCCAUCAUGUCCAGAGCUCCCCGGUCCACAUGCAGCAGUCCCAGCAGUCUGCGGCACUGACGGCUCAGCCCAGCCCCCCGCUCACCCCAAACCCCACCGCACAUGCCCCCAGCCCUGCUCCUGCCCAGGGCCAAGGCCAGGACUCUCCUAAGGGAGCAACCUCAGACCCACCGAGCCCCGUCCGUCACAAGAGGGUUCAGGCCAACCCAGUGAAUAAUGGCAAUGGCACAGUUAACCAAGAUCUGGUCAUAGAGGAGCUUCAGAGCAGUCAGGGCAAGAAUAAAAACAGAGCCAUGUCCAUAGAGGCUGCAGAGAGGGAGUGGGAGGAAAAGAGGCAGAACAUGGGUCAUUACGAUGGGAAGGAGUUUGAGAAGAUCUUGCAGGAGGCCCAGGCCAACAUGAUGAAGGGAAUCCCUAGUCUUGGGGUGGAAGACAGCACAACAGCGCCCCCUGCUGCCACGGGAGAUGGGGCGGACACCCACAGUCCUGUGGACUCACCAUCAGAGCCCCUGCCUGACCCUUGCUCAGAGAAACUAGCCAAACCUGGACCUGAAAAGCCACCUAAGCCUGUGUUGGAGAAACCAGCCAAACCUGCACUGGAGAGGCCCUCUAAGGCUGCUGCUGCUGCUGAACGGCCCUCCGCUGCCAAGCCAACACCCAGCGACAAGGUCACCAAGCUGGUGUCAGAGAGGGCCAGCAAGUCUCCUCCUCCUCCCCCACCCAGGAAGACCUACCCCGGCUCUAGCUCGGGCAUGACCACCACACGGUCUGGAGAGGUGGUCUACACCAGCAGAAAGGACACUGGCUCACCUCAGGAGGGAGAAGAAGAGGCCCCGCCUCCCACUCCCCAACCUAAGAUCAACAAGGCACCCCCUGAGACCAAGCCGAAAUCUGCCAGCCCUCCUCCUGCCUCUGCCACCAGAGACGAGGAGGACGAAGGGGACAAAAUCAUGGCGGAACUCCAGGUUUUCCAGAAGUGUACAGUUAAGGAUGUAGGGGUGAAAAAUUUGGUAGAGCCCUCCACUCGAGUUGAGCCGCAAAUCAGAGAGUUAAGACCGGGGGCCUUAUUGCCCCUCAAAGAGAAAAAGAGCACAGAGACCGGUCGAGAGGAUAAAGAUCCAGAUACAGAUGAAAAUGGCAACACAACUGUUCGGCAAAGCCAAGGGGUCAUAUAUUAUGUGACCGGACAGAUCUCCAAAGACCAUCCACCCCCAUCAGGAACGGAGGAAACCUUUGAACGCCGAGAACACACUCUGUCCCAAUCACAGGUGUCAAAUGUCAAUGUUAAUGACAAUUCCCCAAGCCAGCAACAGCCAUUGUCAGAGCCGCCUGUAUCACCCCCACCUGUAUUGCCUCCGCCUAUAUCACCUAAGCCAGUGGGGCUGAAUGGCUUCAAACUACCUAAGAAGCAAGUUAAACCCUCAGAAUCUUUGAAGACCAGUACAGAAACAGAGAAAGGAAAUAUUAUCCAAAACCAAAUCAACACUGAAAAGAAAGUGAAGUCGGCACUCAGCCAGGAGCGCAUUUCAUCAACUAAGAGUAUAUCAGCUGAGAUUGUGGUCUCCUCAUCCACCAGCACCAUAAGAGAUGGUCUUGAAAGUUCAGUCCCUCCCCCAGAGAAAGCUCCUAGGGAGGGCAGUGACCAGUCCAGUGCUAUGUGUGAGCGAGGUGAUGAAGAGGCUAGUCUUAGUCCAGAUCUCCCUGGAGAAGAGGCUCCUCCACCCCCUGACAACAUAGCCUUCAUGAUCACCAACACCAAGGUUCAGGCCCUGUCCUGUGGAGAGUACCAGCAGCUGGUUAACGCUAAGAAGGGUAGGGUCCAGACUGUCACCGUAGGUGGGGCUGGGAACCGGGGCAACCCUAUGGGAAACUCGGAUGUCGUGGAUCCCUCUGCUCUGCAGGAUAAGGGGUUCAACAAGAAGCCUGUCAUCAUCAUAUUUGAUGAACCUAUGGACAUCCGCUCUGCCUACAAGCGACUCUCCACCAUCUUUGAGUGUGAGGAGGAACUUGAGAGGAUGCUUGCAGAGGAGCGCAUCGAUGAGGAGAGUGAGGAGUCAGACACUGAGAGAAGUGGCAGGCUGCAGGUAAAGGUUAGAGGGCCCAAGGGGGCAGAUGACGUGGUAAAAGUCUGCGGUGGCCUUAGCUCUUCGCAGGCAACUUCAGACCAGAGUAGCUUAUCAUCCACCCCCUCAUCGUCCAUAUCUGAACUUACAGAGGGUGGUGUGAACGCAGAGUCAACUGGAGAUGCCAAACAGGACGGUAAGAAGAAGUUUAAGUUCAAAUUCCCAAAGAAGCAGCUGGCAGCGCUGUCUCAGGCAAUUCGCACAGGCACCAAGUCAGGAAAGAAGACUUUGCAAGUGGUAGUAUACGAGGAUGAGGAGGAAUCAGAUGGUACCAUCAGACAGCACAAAGAAGCCAAGAGAUUUGAGAUAGUACGCUCUAAAGCCUCCGGGGACGCCCCCAAGGCCCAGGGCUUGCCUCCACUGAAGAAGGAGGUUUCGGAUUCCAUCGGCAGGACAGAUGAGAUCCGUAAGAGCACCUACAAGACAUUGGACAGCUUAGAGCAGACAAUCAAGCAACUGGAGACCACCAUUAGUGAGAUGGGCCCCAUCUCAUCCGAGGAGCUGGUGAGCACGAAGGAGCCAAAGGUCGGGGAUGGGAAUAGCUCAGAGGGUGUGGGGUUGAAGAGGUCAUCCUCUCUCCCUUCCUCCGCAGGCCGCAAGGUUCCUCUACCCAGUAAAAGCUCGUUGCGGAAGAAGAUCAAACCUCAGCUCCUCCCUCGCCCUGUAAUCAUCCCUACUACCACCGCCGCCACCACUGCCCCCAGUGCCCCCAGCACCAUACAACAGAACACCAGUGUCGCUUCCCCUACUAGUCGGAUGCCCGUCCCCUUGUCUGCGAAGUCCAGGCAGUCACCCGCUACUACUGACAAGGCAGGAAAACAGCAAAAACUACAGGACGCUCAGAGGCAGUUCCGACAGGCUAACGGAAGUGCUAAAAGAGUGGGAGGGGAUCAUAAAGCUACUUCCCCUACUAUACCCGCCUCUAAAAUCCCUGCUUUUUAUCCUAGCUCUACUAAAAGCAGCUCCCAGUCUGCUCCAAACUCAGAUGCUACUAAUCCCGUUAACCCUUCCUCUUCUUCUUCCUCCUCCUCCUCCUCUACCAACAAAUCCUCCCUCCCGUCCCCCCACACCCCCCGUUCCGGCUCUGCUCCUUCAUCCCACAUCCCCUCCCUGUCUAACGGAUCCCUCAAACUCCCCGCUCCCUCACAGCACACAGCUAAAGCUCUCUCGUUCUCCUCACAGACUCAAAACGGUCGAGCACACUCCUCCUCCUCCUCCUCUUCCUUCUCCUCCUCCUCAUCCUCCUCCACCCCCUCCCCUCUGUCGCCCACCCCCUUGGGCCCAGGUGGAAAGAGCAUCCGCACCAUACACACCCCCAGCUUCACCAGCUACAGGCCCCACAACGGCAGCAGCGGCAAAUCCUGCAUCCCAACAGCAACAGCAGCUAAGGACACCACCUAGUCCCAAUAUAACGCCCCCUCUGGCUUUCCCUCAUAGCAGGUAGAUCUGUUCAUGUAUCAUUAUUAGAUGGCUUUGGUUUGCCUAUUUUUUUUCCCUUCACUCUUUUUUUUUCUUUCAAUGAUUGUUGUAGAAAUAUUUAGCAAUGCACUCAUCCCAUUCACAUUUUAUUUGACACUGGCAUGUUCACCCCGAUGCUUUUUUAUUAUUAUUAUUAUCUCUGUUUGAGUUGCUUUCUUUCCCAUUUUCAGAUGAUGCUAAUUUAAAUUUGACUCUUUCUCAAAGGUGUUAUCGGAUGUUCAGAGUAAAUAAUUUUAAAAAGACAAACUACAAGUGAAAAUAGUCAAGCCACUUUAUAGUAAAAGUGAAAGGCUCUCAAUAUUGAUGCUCUGAUGAUGUUAAAAAUAUAUAUUUUUCUUGCAGUAUCUAUGAAUAGAAAAUAUAGAGUUGAUGUACAAUCGCAAAGACCAUGUAAAAAUUGUGUUUUAUUUUUCCAACCAGAGACUGGAUCACCAUAGUAUAUUUUAAUCUUCCUAUAUUUCCUAUGUUGGCAGACAUGCAUCUCAGCCCUUGUAAAUGCCUUUUAUGAUUCUAUACAUAAUGUAUACAGACCUUUAAAGUGGAACUUCAUUUCUGUUUUAAGAAUAUUUUUCUCACAGUUAUCCGUAAUGCACUGCCAAUUUCAUCCACAGACACGUAAAACCGGUAUGAGUUACACAUUUUCAUUUUAGUGUGCCUAUUUUGCCAAAAUCGAUGUACAACACUUCGGGCCUGCGCUACUGAUGGGAUUAAGAUCCGUUUUACAAACACUGCAAGUGUGGCAUCUGCAGUCUUGACCCCCUGUAGCGCCACCGGAGGUCCCCGUUUCCCGAGCUAACAUCCAUUAUUGUCUAAAUGUACACAAAACUAAACACAAAGCGAUGAAACUGUGCUACCACGUGUACAUAGAUGCUUCUAAUAAGAAAUGGAGUAGUUUUGUUAACAUACCAAAGUUUUAUUUGUAUGCAUGCCUUUCAAAUACUUUAGGAGAGUGUUGUAAAAGAAAGAGUUCUUAUGUUUGCACAGAUAGAUUUUGUAAAUAUUUUGUUUCCUUUCAUUUUUUUUGUAAAGCUUUAAAACAUACUGCAUUAAAAAGCAAUGUGUUAAAGAAAGAAGUGUGUUGGAAUAGCAACAAUAAAGACUUGCAUGCUAAUGCAU